CUGAUUUUGUGGUCUUGCGGGAAAGGUGGGAUAUUCGGUCUGAUGUGAAAUGGAACCAGAUUUAAUUCAAGAUUCCUUACACCAAAACAGCUACGACGAUUAUGACUUUGGUCCUAAAUUCAAGAAACUUCGAAUUACUGACAAUGUUCGUGAGCUUCAGACCGUUUUACGAUCAAAAGCAACUUCAAGAGGCGAUUUCAUAUUUUAUGCAGACAGAUUGAUCCGAUUAGUUGUAGAAGAAUGCCUAAAUCAACUGCCCUACCGUCACUGCCAGGUCACCACGCCUACAGGACAAUUUUACGAGGGACUUCGAUACGAGAAAGGAAACUGUGGCGUCAGUAUCAUGAGAAGUGGUGAAGCUAUGGAGCAAGGACUGAGAGAUUGCUGUCGAUCAAUACGAAUUGGUAAAAUUCUCAUACAGAGUGACGAAGACACGCACGAAGCCAAAGUUGUCUACGCCAAACUUCCGCCGGACAUUGCCUCGCGCAAAGUCCUCCUCAUGUAUCCGAUUAUGGGUACGGGAAAUACUGUGAUAAAAGCUGUAAAUAUACUCAAGGACCACAAAGUGCUGGAGGAAAACAUCAUUCUGAUGAAUCUCUUCACAACACCCUCAGCUGCCAAAGCAGUGCGAAACGCCUUCCCGGAGAUGAACGUCUUCACAUCUGAAGUCCAUCCUGUGGCACCCAACCACUUCGGCCAGAAGUACUUUGGUACGGAGUAGACGUCCGCCAUGGCCAGUAUCCCACCCUUCAUCCAGUAUCCCUCAGCAUUUCACUCCAAUGCCUAUCUACUUUCAUGUGGACACAACAAUUCCUUCUAUUCCAGCAUUUCCAUUGCUUUUACCUCAUAUGAUGAGUGCAUGUGACAAACCUGGUCACGGGAAGCCAAUUUAAUUGUAAAAUUUGUCUCGGUUUAAUUUAACUUUCGUCUUGCGUUUUUUUCACAAUUACAUUCUACUGUUUCAUGCUGGUCAAGAAUCUCUGAAUGUCCAUUGUAGGUAGAAGUUUACAUUGUUGGUGGAAGACUAGACUAUUGCUUUUUGGAAUGUUGACGAGAUAGAAAUAAUAUUGUAAAAAAGUUUCAGGAAUUAUGUCAAAAGGGGCGGGUUGUUAUUUUAGCUUUAAGCUAGAAAUUAUGAAGAAAAUGAGUUGUGAUAUCUACAUUGACAAUUGAAUCUAUAACUAGAGUGAAAACUGUCUUGUCAAAAAUCUGCGUGAAUAUUAAAAAGGGAAAUUGUGUUCAGAAGAUAUAUUGCCACACUGGAAUAUCAUUAGAACAAAUGUAUUCACAGCAAAUACCUAAGGUGCUACAAUCAGAUGGACAGAAGAGAAAUCGUGAAAAUGAAAUGACAUCAUAUAUCUUUGUGCGAAUCCAGCAUUUCCUUGAAGUAUAAAUGGAGUUGUGGCGGGAAGUUUUCUCAGCUGACACAGAUACAUCUUGCGGUGUGAUUUUCCGUUGGACAGUAUCCAUUUUCUUGUCUCUAUUACCUUUCAAUGUUGUACCAUGAUUAUUAGUAGCUCCAUACAGUCAUAUUUUAUGUGUCGGUAGACAUGUCAUUCCCGUUUGUGUAUUUGCAUAUUCAUGUUUAAGAGGAGUGCUCAAACUAAGAAUUCCAGAUAUCAUCUCAGGUUAAAACACUUCCAUUCAGUUUGAUGGAUGGUUGCUGGACGAGGUAAAAGACCAGAUUUAUUUCAUGUUUAGAAAUUAUUUGAUUCUAUUGAAUGUUUCAAGGUCUGGAGUCCUACCGCUUUGGUAUACAUUUUUAGAACUUCUGUAGAUUUAGUUUGAUUGUCUGUACAAACAGUUUGGUCAUUUUGGGAUCAGAUCCCUGAUAUGUUGGUUUUGUUCUGGCACAAAGUGAAAUUAGGCUUUUCAGUAUAUAUUCGUUUACACUGCAGCUCUUUUUUUUUUUGUCAAUAUAUUCCUUUUUGCCCACUUACUAUCUUAAUGAAAGAAAUUUAUUGAAAUAUAUUUUCAUUUUUUCAUUGAAAUAUCUCCACUGUAGGGAUUGAAACCACAGACUUGUCAAUAUGAAGCAGGUGGAAUAUCAAAUAUUCUACCAAUUGUCAUAUUUGUUACUUUAUUACUUUUCAGCAACAUAAUUAGGAAUUCUUUUAAAACUGAUUAUAAAUGGCUGAAAAGGCUAGCAACCUGUGUAAAUUGUCUUUAUGAAUAUCAAGCAAACAACGUCAAUUUACCAGGAAAGUAACUUUUUAAUGUCGGUCAUUACAGUAGAAAAGUGGUGGGACUCUCGGCCUUAAACAGGACAAUUAGCUUAAAAUACUGUAAUAGUCCAGUGCUCCAGUUAAUUAACCCAUGUGUAAUUUUCAGAAUACGUCUCGUAUCUAGAUUGUAAAAUAUAGGUUUCCUUAAGCUUCUAAGGAGGAGUAAAGAGGACAGAUUCCUUCUAAGGAGGAGUAAAGAGGACAGGUUUCCUUCUAAGGAGGAGUAAAGAGGACAAGUAAAUUUUUGUUCACUUUCUGAAACAUAAAGCUAGACACAUCUUUUGCCACUGGUACAUCUGUAAAGUUUUCUGAAUCUCAUGUUUUUGGUUUUGUUUAUUAGCUUCGCUCAGAAUAAUAUUUAUUACUGUGCUUAUGGAACCUUUUGUUGAAUUUUUAUAAGGAGACUGCAAUUUAACUUCAACGUCUUUGGUUAAUCAAUCUGCCUCAGGAAACAGUUUGUAAUUUGACUCGUGACAGAGCUAAGAAAACAAUCUGAUAGUUAAGGCUGACACAGAGAGUGGAUUCUGGAUGUCAUUUGCAAAGUAUUUAUGUAUGAAUAAUGCCAGUAUUGAAAACUGAAUUGGUACACACUUUUUCACUUACCAAUGCUUAAACCAGUGUGUAAAUUACACAUGUAUGCAGAUUAACUAAAGCACUUGGCAGUUUGUUUAACAUGUCUCUACAUUAUUUAAUUGGACAUGUUUUGAUUUACCGAUUGGUUCCAUUCAUGCUAGUCAUGACAAUAGAAAAUAUUUUACUUUCAAAAACUUAUGUAAGUCCACAGAACAGCUCUUUGCAUCUAUUGAAGCUUUAAACAUGUAGGUUAAGGUUUCCCAUAUGAUCCUGAAUUGGAUUGUUUUAUUGAGCUUAUUCACUUUGUGAUUUUUUUUCAAAUGGGAUACCAAUUUAUCCGUGUCUAGAUUAAAUUUUGUAUUUAUUGCCAUUAGGAACUCAAUUUUAUUUUUGCUGGGAACAUAUUUUGUUAAAAAUUGAAGAUGUAAUUGGUACGAUGUUACAUGUUUUCAUUAGGAAACAGAAAUAUAUUCCACAUUUUCAGAUGUGUGCCAUUAUGUACAGUCAGUUGACAUGAAUGUAAUUAUAAAUGGAUUAUACGUGUAGUUCAUGAAUUUAGUCAUUUUUUUUGCAAUAACUUGACAAUCUGAUUAGAAUUUUCUGUUUACAUUUUAUGAAGGUAAAACAUCUCUUUUCGCCACAGGUUUAUUGAGUAGUUAGGAUAUUUUUCUCGCGAGAUCAUGCUGAUAAUUAAUUAAUAUCAACAAUAUAAAUAGAGAAAUAUGCAGUUCAGUUACUUUACUGUGUUCCAAAUGUCGAGUGCAUGAAUUGCAAUUGAUUUAUUUUUUCAACUGUAUAUUAAUGAUCUACUAGGCUAGGAUGCAAGAAAAACUGCCAGUUUAUGCAUCUUGCAAUGAAAUUGCAAGAUGCAUAAUUAUUAUAACUUUUUGUAUAGAAUACAAUGAUCAAUGUAUAUUAUUAUUGACAAACUCUGGUGUUUAUUAUGAGAAAACUUAGCAAUUUGUUUUCCUCGCUCUGUUGAAUUGAACACAAAUUAGACUUUGGGAGACCUCAUCAUUCAUCAGAUACUAUGAUUAAAGUGAUUUCCAAUGGUUUACCAACUCUCCUACUUCCCCUGCCAAACAGUGAACUCGGGAAUAACUGCCAGUGUAAUUUCAUCUAGAACUAAGCACACUUUCUUGUCUUGUACCUACUUGUGAUAUAAGUUAUUAAAUGUGGAAAAAAGGCGACUUCAGCAAGUCUUUGUGAUGUUUUUAGCUCACCUGGCACGAAGUGCCAAGUGAGCUUAUGCCGUGGUGCGGCGUCCGUCCGUCCGUCGU